ACUAUGAAACUCUAACAUUUCCGACGUGCUAUCUGGUUGAACAGGACCCUGGUAUGACUAGGAUAGCAAGUCGUACAUUUCAGAGUUUCCUAGUUCCGGCUAGAAUGUGAACGCGGCAAGACAGACCUGCGCGUGUGGCCUGUCGCUACUCACUACGUAGGCACAGAGUUUAAACUCUACUGUCUUUGACGUAUGUGUCGUUUGCCUGCAACUGGCUUUCACUGUAAAAACAUGGCGAGGCUUAGCGAGCAUGGGAUUCGUCUCAGUUCCAUGAGUCCGUCCUUCCUGAAUAGUAAUUCAACAAGUCAUACGUGGCCUUUCAGCGCAGUUGCAGAACUAAUAGAUAAUGCAUCAGACCCGGGAGUGACAGCCAGGCAGAUCUGGAUAGAUGUGGUGGAGGAGCAACAGCAGCUCUGUCUGUCCUUCACUGACAAUGGCAGCGGCAUGACCCCCAACAAACUGCACAAGAUGCUCAGUUUUGGUUUCACAGAGAAAGGUUCUGGUAAGGGAAGCCACCAGGCCAUCGGUGUCUAUGGAAACGGCUUUAAGUCUGGCUCCAUGCGUCUGGGUCGUGACGCUCUGAUCUUCACUAAGAACGGAGGCUGUUUGACCGUCGGCAUGCUGUCCCAGAGCUACUUACAGGCUAUAAAGGCACAGGCUGUCAUCGUCCCCAUAGUGCCCUUCAACCAACAGACCAAGAUGCUGGUAGUGACUGAGGACUCUGAGGCCAGUCUGAAUGCCAUCCUGACCCACUCUCUGAUCCACACCCAGCAGGAGCUGCUGCAGCACUUUGACUCCAUCCUGUCCAAGAAGGGCACCAAGAUCCUCAUCUGGAACAUACGCAGGAACAAAGAUGGUAAGCCGGAGCUGGAUUUCGAGAUUGAUGAGUUUGACAUCCGGAUUCCAGAGAUCCACUCAGAGGAGACCAAGACUAGAGGCAGGAAGAAGAGCUUUCCUGGACCGCAGAGGAAUGACCACACCAUCCCAGAGAUGGACUACUCCCUGAGGGCCUACCUCAGCAUCUUGUACCUGAAGCCUCGGACUCAGAUCAUCCUGCGACAGAAGAAGGUUCAGACCAAGCUGGUUGCCAAGAGCCUGUCACAGAUCGAGAAUGACGUUUAUAAACCCCAAUUCAAUAAAGACCGGGUUAAGGUCACCUUUGGGUUCAACCGCAAAAACAAAGACCACUAUGGCAUCAUGAUGUACCACAAGAACCGCCUCAUCAAGUCCUAUGAGAAGGUUGGCUACCAGAUCAAGUCAUCAGGUCAGAGGGCAGGGGUCGGGGUUAUUGGUGUCAUUGAGUGCAACUUCCUGAAGCCGGCUCACAACAAGCAAGACUUUGAAUACACCAAAGAGUACAGGCUGACCCUGUCGUCCCUGGGGCUGAAGCUCAACGACUACUGGAAUGAGAUGAUGGAGAAAAAGGCGAGAGAACGAGAGUUCCUGGCAGCAGAGAAGAGGAAUGAAGAGGAAGAUUCAGAUGAGGAGGAGGAGGAGGAAGGGGAGGAGAGUCCAGUGUGGCUGCAGUGUGAGGACUGUCUGAAGUGGAGGCGUGUCCCAGAAGGCCACUACAGCUCUACCCCUGAACACUGGAACUGCAGCCAGAACCCCAACACCAUGCUCAGGAGCUGCUCUUUGCCAGAGGAAGCCGAGCAGAGUGAAGCAGAGUUAACGCCAAGCUACCCGAAGAAGACCUACAAGAAGGACCAAGGCCUGGUCAGAAAACGAGGCCGUCCGCGGAAGCACCAUGUCCUCCCCCAAGGCCUGUCUGAACCGGUCCUUCUCCGCCCCCUACCCCCUGAUACACCCCUCCCUCUAUCUGAGCCGGUCCUCCUCCGCCCCCUACCCCCUGAUGCCCCCCUUUCUCUGCUCACAGAGGAGACUGAGGACAGUGAGCUGAAUAAGACAGUGGAUACACUGGUGGCCACUUUGGAGGAUGAGGAGGACAACAUGGCACAGUCCAUGUCUGGGUCAGACACAUGCGCACCCACACGCGCAUGCAAACGCACAUACAGCAGAAACAAGCGUAAGUCAAUAUGGCCGCCCAGGGACAUGGACAAGAGACCACAACCAUGGGCGGAGCCACACCCGUUCGCCGACGAGGUCCAAGAGGUGCAACAACCUAGGAAAGACGUCAAUGAACCACAGACACUGACUGGGCAGACAGAGAAGACCAAGGGGGAGAAGGCACUACUGGGGGCCACCAGAGUAGGCCCUGCUCAGCCCAGCUCCAGCCUUGCCUGGCCUCCCUCCCUCCCCUCAGCCCAGACGGUGGUGGUGUCCCCCCUGAGUCGUCCGGAGGGCCCCUGGCCCCGGGCUCUGACCCUUGAGGGGGCUGGAUCAGACAGGGGAGCCCUGGUCCAGAGACUGGCUGGACUGGAGAAGGAGGCUCAGAGGCUGAGGAGGAUACUGGGGUCCACUGCACUCCCAGCGACGCCAGACAACAUGGUGAUGACAGAGGCUCCCUCUGGGGAUAAGGCAGCUGCUGGGGUGGGGGUGGAGACACCGGUGGCCAUGGUAACCAAACUGGACCAAAUGGAGUGUGAGAGCUCCGUGUCCCCCAGUGGCCCUGGGGUUCCAGGGCUGGUUGUGGAUGGCAUCCAGCCCCAGAGAGAACAGCCUGAGCUGGGCAGACUGAGGAGGGAGAAGGCUGACCCCCAGAGCAGGCUGAGACAGACUGACAGCCCAGUGACCAGGGACCAGAGCUCCCGCAUUGUGCUGGAGAAUCUCCACAAAAUCCGAGGGAACGUGGUGGCUCUGCUGUCAGCCAUCCUACCCCACCUGGACCUGCAGGGCAUCAGCCUGGACACGCCAGACGUAGACAGCAUCCUGCAGCAGAUCAUAGAUGCCAACUCACUGUCUCCACUCUAGAACCCACUCUCAGUGCUCUAGAACCCACUCUCGGUGCUCUAGAAACUCACUCUCGGUGCUCUAGGAACUCACUCUCAGUGCUCUAGGAACUCACUCUCAGUGCUCUAGGAACUCACUCUCAGUGCUCUAGGAACUCACUCUCAGUGCUCUAGGAACUCACUCUCAGUGCUCUAGGAACUCACUCUCAGUGCUCUAGGAACUCACUCUCAGUGCUCUAGGAACUCACUCUCUGACCGCUAGAAACUCACUCUCUGACCGCUAGAAACACACUCUGCAUUAGUACUUAUUCUCACCAGUCUACAGUCGUGGCCAAAAGUUGAGAAUGACACACAUUUAUUUUCACAAAGUCUGCUGCCUCAUUUUGUAUGAUGGCAAUUUGCAUAUACUCCAGAAUGUUAUGAAGAGUGAU